AUGGCACGGUUAUGCACAGGCGCCAAUGCCGAGCUUGCACUGAAAUAUAUUUUGCGUCGUGCCAUUGAAAAGGCAUUUCCUUCCGUUAAUCCCCCAGAGGUUCUCAUCACACUCGGUAAAGUCACCGAGUACCAGUGCAAUAAUGCCAUGGGACUAGCUAGACUUCUAUCCAAGGCAACACCUCCAAUCAAGAUGACUCCUGCCCUCGUAGGUGAGACGUUGAAGAAGAAUCUGGAGGAGAAUGAUCUUAUUGACAGCUUUGAACCAACACCACAAGGGUUUAUUAACAUUUCCAUCAAACGAGAAUGGGUGGCUGCCAUGGUGAUGUGUGUGCUCAAACUGGGCGUUAAGGCUCCACAACUCCCCAAGCAAAAGGUGCUUGUGGACUUUUCAUCACCCAACAUUGCGAAGGAGAUGCACGUGGGUCAUCUCCGUUCCACCAUUAUUGGGGAGAGUAUUUCACGUCUUUUUGAGUUUUGUGGCUUUGAGGUGCACCGCAUCAAUCACGUGGGAGAUUGGGGCACGGCAUUUGGGAUGCUUAUCUUGUACUUAAAGCGCCAACACCCGGACUUUCUUACCAAGAUGCCGGACAUCACAGAUCUUACCAAGUUGUAUCGUGAAUCCAAAAAAUUGUUUGACGAGGAGCCUGAGUUCAAAGAACAGGCACGACUACAGGUGGUUAGGCUACAGGCAUUGGAAGAAGAAUCAGUUCGGGCAUGGGAAAUUAUCUGUGAAGCUUCUCGGAGGGAAUUUAACCUUAUUUACGAGCGUCUUGGCACUCGCAUUGAAGAACGUGGAGAGAGUUUCUACAACCCACUCAUUCCGAAGGUGCUAAGUCUACUGGAGGAGGCCGGGCAGCUGGAGGAAAGCAGCGGCGCAAAGCUUGUCGUCAGCAAGGAGAAAAAGGUGAUCAGUUCAUUGGAGGCGAAGGACAUGUCCAAACUGCUCGUGCCGCACCUCAUUAAGCUUCAGCGUGAUGGUACGACAGAGUUUCACCCGAAUAUGAUCACUACAAUGAAGGAAGUGGGUAUCUUGAAGGGUGAGGACGGCAACGAAACGGUGAUGCUUUCAAAGAAAGAGACCAAACCGCUUGCAAAGAUUGAUGCUCGCACAGACAUUGACAAAAUUGUACCACAGCUUCAGUCUUUUUAUAAGAAGCAGUUGCCACCACUUUUUCGGGAGGUGCUUGAGGCUGCAGGUAUCAUUGAUGGGGAUAUGGUUGCUGUUCCACGCUUUACUUUUCCGCUCAUCCUUCAAAAGAGUGAUGGUGGUUUCACAUACGAUACAACGGAUGUGACGUCCAUGUAUCACCGUUUUGUGAUGGAAAAAAUGGAUCGUGUGGUGAUCUGUACAGACGUUGGGCAAUACGAGCACUUCCGUAUGUGCGCUCAGCUGGUGAAAGACAUGGGUUGGAUGGGCGAUGCAACGUGGGAUCAUGCCGGUUUUGGCCUCGUCACAGGCACUGACGGGAAAAAGAUUAAGACGCGCAGUGGAGAGACAGCAAAACUAAAGGAUUUGCUUGACGAGGCGGUGGAGCGUUCGCUCGCCAUUUUGGAGGAGCGUGAAGCUGGUGAACGUAGCCAGGGGCACAGCAAGGAGGAAAUGGAAACCUUGUCUAAAAUUAUUGGCAUUGGUGCUGUGAAAUACUUUGAUUUGAAGCAGACCCGUGUCAAUGAUUACGCUUUCAGUUACGACAAGAUGCUUGAUAUGUCGGGUAACACCGCUGUCUUCCUUUUGUACCAGUACGCCCGCUUAUGCUCCAUUCAACGCAAGGCAGGCGUGAGUGACGAGGAAUUUAUGAAGGCGGAGGUUAUAAUCAACACCCCACAGGAGAAGAAACUGGCACUGUGCGCCCUCCGCAUGGAAUCUGUUGUGCUAAAGACAGUGGAGGACCUCUUUCCACAUCAUCUUACCGACUUUGCAUAUGAGCUGGUCUCCCACUUCUCAGACUUCUUCCAGAACUGCAGGGUUAUUGGGGAUGAUUUGCAGAAUAGCCGUCUUUGCCUUGUGGAGCUCACCCGCAUCACGUUGAAGAAGAUUUUGGAUAUCCUCAAUAUUGAGGUGGCGGAGCGGAUUUAA